AUGAUGAAUGACCUUGUACUGAGUGAAGAUGGACACGCCGUUCAGGCAGACGACUACCAUGACGACGAAGAUUGGUACCAGAAUCGCCCCGGCGAUGAAAUUUCCAGUCCCAAGGGAGUUGGUUUCCGACCACGACGCGGAAGCAAGGCCAAGUACUUGAUCAUCCUUGGUGUUGUCCUCAUUGUUGGAGGCUUUGCCAUUGCCAUGUCGGGAGGCAAGAGUGAAGAUGCCGCAGGUUCCAUGCCGGCCAACGGCUCUGGCGGUUCUUCUGGUGGUGGUUCCAAUUCUGGUGGAUCCAAUUCUGGUGGAUCCAAUUCUGGAACUAACCCCCCAACCAGUCUUGAGGAUGGGGUCUUUGAUUAUCUGACACAAUUUGUCGACAAGAAGAUUCUCUUGGAUGACAAGUCUUACACUUUCUCGGCCUACAAUUGGCUGAUGAAGAACUCUGAUAUUCAAAUCUAUGGCGACUCCCGCAUCCGACAACGCUUUGCCCUUGCGUCUAUCUACUACGCUACAAAUGAAGGACUGAAUAGCUGGGUCCGCGACGAUGGAUGGAUCAGCGACCAAGAUGAAUGCUCCUGGACCGGCGUCCGUUGCGAUAAUGGAAACAUUGUUGGGUUGAACUUGACCUCCAAUGGACUCAAGGGAGUAUUCCCUAUGGAAGUCACAAUGCUCAAGAAGCAUCUUCUAGCUUUGGAACUUGAUGACAAUGAACUUAUCAAUGAAGACCAAGAACUUCGAUGGAUCGGUCAAAUGUCCAAGUUGCGACUUCUUGACUUUGAAGAUACUGGUUUCACUGCUGAGGGAAUUCCUUCCUAUAUUGGCCGCCUCACUGAUCUCCGCAUUUUGGAAAUGGCCAAUUCGAACAUUGUCGGUGACUUUGACGGAAGCAUUUUCAAAAACUUGAAGCAAUUGGUCUACCUCGAUAUAGGUGGCAUUCUCUUCAACAAUACCUUGCCUGAUGAAAUCACCCAGAUUCCUCGACUUGAAGCUCUCUACGCUUACGAUUGUGGCUUUGAAGGAGAACUCGAGUCCUUCUUACCAAAAUUCAAAGAGAUUCAAGAAAUUUGGUUGGACGACAACAAAUUUUCCGGCCAAUUCCCAAAAGCAUUGAGUCAUGUGUCCACGUUGGCCAGUCUUUCCCUCAGUAACAAUGCUUUGAGUGGAUCGCUACCAACAGAGCUUGGUUUGCUGACCAACAUGGAACAACUUUGGCUGUUUGGAAACGUCUUUUCGGGGGAUAUUCCGUCCGAAAUUGGCGCCAUGACAUCUCUGCAGAUUUUGGGUUUGGAAGACAACAACAUGCAGAAUGUUACCAUGCCAAAUGAAAUCUGUGACUUGGGAUUGGUUGCCCUUGGUGCUGACUGUAAAAGUGCUGUUGCUUGCAGCUCUGAUUGCUGCACCUGCUGCGAACCACCUUGCCCUAUUGCCAAGCUUCGAACUCCCGAUCGCCGAGCGCUCCUUGGGUUCUAA